GACGGGGGCGGGAGAAAAGGGACUGGUGACUCUGGGCUACAGCUUGUGUAAAUCAGGAAUGCUAUUAAAUAUUAAUGUCACGUGCAAAUUAUCCAAUUUAUUCUGAUGCGUCAAAAGCUAAAGACACACAGAAGACAAGUAUACAGAUCUAUUUAGCCAGCCUUUUGAUUUUAUAGAUCCUUGUACCAGUGUCUGUUGUGCCAUAACUUGUGGAUUAGCAUGGAACAGCUGAUGAACGUAGAAAUCUUGGCAGUCCUUCUUUGAACCGAGGAGUGGCAGCGAUUUAAGACAGCUUGUACAAGUCUGACUACUCUCAAUUCAACUGCUGCCGUCUGCCAUUAUCUGUCUUGUAUUGUACAGGUUAUUAAAAGCUUUAGGCAACCAAUGACUUUCGGCUGCCAGUUCGCAUCACGUAAAACUAAAACAAGCUAAUCUCUGCUGGUGUCUUAGAUGACUAUAUCCUAGCUGAAUGCCUGAUGAUGUUAUUACUCCAUCAUCUUCUCUUUUCUAGCACUAGCAUCCAUUCUUAAACUGUAGCUAAGAAGCCCGCGAUCACUUUUGCAGGCUACGCAAUUCUACUUAACCUCACGCAAUUUUUGGAUCACGUGGAAAAAUCAAUGAAUAAUCUCUACCCAAAUUCUGGUAGAGACACAAACUGUGUCCCAGAGUCACCAGUCCCUUUUCUCCCGCCCCCGUCCAAUCAGAGAAAAGGGAGUGGCUUGCGAGUCUAUAGUGAGAGGGGCUGGGAUCGAGGCUAAUAAAGGUACGUGUACUUGCUUUGCUGAAUCAGCAAUAAUUUAGCAGUGGGCACUAUAAGGAAAAAUGGCUGCAAGGUCAAAAAGAGCUCGAUUUCAGUCAGACACACGUACAGAUGGGCCUCCUAGGAAAAAGAUGAAAGCAGCUGAGAGUAUAAAGCAGCAACUGGAUAUUUUAGCUCCUCGCCCCAUUCUGGAUGGCCUGCCUGACAAUAUAAUGCUGUGUAUUCUGUCUCUACUGGACAUUUGGUCUCUUAUCAAAAUGUCGCGAGUCUGCAAACGCUUUCACCAUCUCUACUCUGACGAGUUCAUCUGGAACAGCGUUGAUUUAACUAGAGAGUCAGUGGGUUUUAAACUUGACCCUAGGAGGCUCAAGAAUAUCAUUCGGCUGAAUUUGCCAAAGUCUGUGAGCCGUGUAAAACUCUCUUCAAAUGCUUUCAGUUUGUCAUCUAAGCAACCAGUUGUAACUGAAUCUGUGUUUGAUUUGUUGUUUGAGAGAUGUCCAAACAUUACCAGCAUUGCUGUACACCAAUGUGAUAUGACCGUUCUCUCGCCAGCCUGUAAGCUCUAUCAUGCCAUCAAGCUCACACACUUGUCGUUUGUGGAGUGUAAAAGUAACCAUGUUUGGUUCAAGGAAAUUAACCCGUCUUGGCCUAACCUGACCCAUUUAUCUUUCGAAGGGACGACUAUGAUUGGGGACAGUGAUCUGGAGUACAUAGCGUCAGGCCUCUGUGGAAAAUCUAUCAGAGGCUAUUAUUUUCCCACAGAUAUCUUAACUUGGGAGGAUGCUAUAGAAUCAGCAGGGGUCUACUGCUGAAGGUGUGCAGUGAUGAUCUAAUUAAGUUGAAAGAGUUGGAUGUUAGAAAAUGUGCUGACGAAAUUAGUAAAUCCCAGUUCUUAAAAAACGACAGGUUGAAACACAUCACUAUUAUUUUUACCUAGUGUAUAUAGAAUUUUCUGAACUCUGCAACCAGUCAACCAUUAAUAAUUAUGAUGAUAAAUUUUUAUUUCAUGUAUCAGUAUAAUUUAGGGACUCGCUAUACAUAAUUAUAUAAUUAUACAUUAUACAAAAACAAAACUUGUUGCUCACAGUG